UAGUUGUAGGCUCUGCCUGUGUAUAAAAUACGACUGCAAAUUAAUUUUGUUGAUCAGUAUUUAUUAUAUCGCUGAAAUGUUUCCUAAAGAGUUAUGGCUAGUUUAUUAUAUUUUGAUUCACAUCACCGUGCUUCAUAUAUCUGCCGUGCCAAAUAAUAAUGAUCAGAUACUGGUAAGAUGGCAAAAUGGAAUUGCAGAUGAUUUUAAUGCAGACACGAAACCAUUUAAGAAAAUCCUCGAUAAUUAUUAUUACAUUGAGGAAGACACGACAUUAAAUUGGUUUGCCGCACUUCACAAAUGUCAUGAACUGGGUGCCGAAUUGAUAAGCUAUGAAAACGAAAACGAAUACGAUGCGCUACUCAAUCACUUAAGUAAGACUAAAUGUUAUUGGAUUGAUUUAACGAAUCUAAGUAAGGAGGGAGGUUAUCAAUCGAUUACCACCGGCUAUCCGCCCAGCUUUACAAAGUGGGAUGUGGGUGAGCCAAAUAAUAAGUUUGGAGAUGAAAACUGCGCUCAGUUGAUCACUUACGUUUGGGGUAUUUUAAAAAUGAACGAUAACAAUUGUUAUGACUUGUGUCAGUUUAUUUGCAAAACAAAAUAUCCCCUUCAAAUAAACUUUGUAGUGUGAUAAAAAUUAUAUUAUAUCAUCAAUAAUUCUAAAAUAUAUAAAGAAAAAGAAAGAUAUGUAGAAUGAUAAAAAUAAA